GUCCGGCAAAUGUGUAUUGUGUCGAGCCAUAUAGAUCUCCGAUAGUUGUCACGUCAACAUGGCGCGUCUCGAGAUCGUGCAAUUUUUGGCCGUUAUCGUGAUCAUCGUACAACAUUUGACACAUUUAGUCGAAUGUGAAGACAAAAGGAUCGUAAUUUUCAUGCCCCGGCGGAUCAAAACAAUACAUCACCACCAUCACCACGUUGUGCUGAUGGAUCCAAAAACGAAAACUAUGACGCACACAAAACCGUACUCGGAUAGGUCAUCGUCAUCUGUUUCGUCCUCGUCGGCCGAGGUAGACUAUCAGCAGCAACGAGAUCACCAUCGUCACUAUCAACGCCAACGACAGCAACAGAAGCAGAAGCAGCAGCAGCAGCAGCAACAGCAGCAGCAAUCCGAGGAAGCCGAAAGUCAUCCGCUGUCGUACUUCCAACAGCGAACGACCAUUAGAACCAGCGAUCCAAACACGUUGUAUCCGAUCUCACGACCGCAGCCGUCGCAGACGUACUACUCCACUCUGCCCUCCAGGCAGAAGAGGUCCAAAGUCAUAGCUAGAUUGGUGUAUAACCAUUAAACCCAAUGUUUUUUUUUUUUUAAUUUUAUUUUAUUUUCCACUCUUGUUGUUCGUUUCAUAUACUUUUUUUUAAUAUCAAAUGUUUAUGGUUGUACUAUAACAUCCCUUUGGCGUACAUAAUAUAGAUGUAGUCAUGUAGGAUGAGGUUGCUGUUUGGAUCAAAUCAUACGGAUAUUACAAUAUUUAUAAUAAAAAAUUUCGUACCCAAUACUUGAUAAUGACGUAUUUUUUAAAUAGUUUCUUCGAAAAACUCGGUAAUAUAUUCACAAAAAUUAAUUUUUAAUAUACGGCAACCAACUCAAUGACCAUUUACUCGACGUGCAUUUAGUAUACGAAGACCGAUUUAUAGUUUUAUUAAAUAUCUGCAGUAGACUGAGCAUGCUCAAUAGCAAAGUUUUUAAUUAUUUUCAACUACUGCCAUUUUGUUAGAUAAUAUUACAAUUUAUACAACAAAAAAAACAUUGAAUUUGAUCAUCGUUCUAAGAGAAAAAAA